CUCGGCUCUCCUAUAAAAGGGCUGAGCCGCGCACUCCCCUCACUGGGGGUGUGGAGAGCAGGGGGGACCAUGGACUUUGUCAGCAUUCAGCAGUUGGUGAGCGGAGAGAGGGUUGAAGGGAAAACGUUGGGAUUUGGGCCUGAAGUUCCUGAUCCUGGAGGCUGGCCUACUGACUGGAGGCUGGGACUCCAAGAGGCUGUGGCCCGGGAGAAGCGAAAAUUGGAAGAAGAGAAGAAGAGGAAACUGGAAAGAUUCAACAGCUCCAGACUGAACCUGGAGACCGUGGCUGACUUGGAAAACUUAGUUCAAAGACGGAAAGAAAAGCGAUUGAGACUGAGACGCAGAGUCCCCCCCAGGGAACCUGAGCCCGUGGCUAAGUCGCAGCCCCAGGCCCAGCUGGAGCCUGUGGACCUGGAGAUGUUCCUGAAGGCAGCUGCUGAGAACCAGGAGGCCCUGAUUGACAAGUUCCUGACCGAUGGAGGGGACCCCAAUGCCCACGACAAGCUGCACCGCACAGCCUUGCACUGGGCCUGUCUGAAGGGUCACCUCCAGCUGGUGAGCAAGCUGCUGGCGGCCGGUGCCACCGUGGAUGCUCGGGACCUGCUGGACAGGACUCCUGUGUUCUGGGCCUGCCGAGGAGGACACCUGGACAUCCUCAAACUGCUGCUUAACCAGGGCGCCCGGGUCAACGCGCGGGACAAGAUCUGGAGCACCCCCCUCCACGUCGCCGUGCGCACGGGCCACUCCAACUGCCUGGAGCACCUCAUCGAGUGUGGAGCCCUCGUUGACGCCCAGGACAAGGAAGGGGACACCGCGCUCCAUGAGGCCGUGCGGCACGGCCACUACAAGGCCAUGAAACUGCUGCUGCUCUACGGGGCCAAGCUGGCCGUGCAGAACGCGGCCUCCCUGACGCCGGUGCAGCUGGCACGAGAYUGGCAGCAGGGCAUCCGGGAAGCGCUGCAGGCCCACGUGGGGCAUCCCCGCACCCGCUGCUGAGGCCCCCGACCUGUGGGUCCCUCACAGCCACCAUUCCGUCCCCCUCUCCCUGCAUCAGUGCUCUGCGGGCCUCGCCUUCAGUGGCAAUCCCCCUCGGGGCUCUGCUUCCUGUCAGAGCUGAGGGGCAGUCAGAGCCCUGCAGUGGAGAGACCCCAGCUUGUUGCAGGGUAGCCGCGUCGGCCACUAGGGCUGGGGCUGGGAAGGACUGAGGCAGAGGACCACAGACAGCUGCUAGCUGCCGUCCAGGCGAGGGCAGGAGGGCAGCGGAGCCCAGGGUGGGGCAGAAGCUGACGGGCCCUGGCCCAGCUACCAGGACUGGGCCUCAGGCCUCCUCAGUGUCCACUGUCCCCAGAGCAGGAGCCUGGCCCUCGCCUUCCUCCAGGGCCGGUCUCCUGCAGGUGGUGAUUCAGAUGUGGCCAGCAGCUGCACCCAGGACACGGGAGAGGCCACCGAGCCAGCCCGGCAGGCGUCCGGCAUUGGUGCAGCUGCCAGCUGCCCCUGGCGGGGUCUCCCGGGACCUGGGUCCUAUCAGCCGCAACCCUGGUAGGGUCCGAAGUGGCUCUAGGCACCUCGGGUCUUCCGGACUCUGGAGGCGGGUUCUGGUGGUUUGCAGGGCCCCUUGCAGGGCGACGCCCCGAAGAGCAGACGCCAGCACCCACCGGGUUGCUCAGAAGCCCAAGGCUGAGGUGCUGGAGCCACAGUCCAGGGAACCCGUGCCCUCCACCUCAGGGCCCCCUGGGGCCUGACUGCGCAGCGUUGGCGGCUGGCCGGUGGCCCUCCAUGUGGGCUGGAGAGCCUGGGCGCUGGGGCUUGUUUGUGGCCCACCCAACUCUUGGGGCGGUGGCCCACUCAACUCUUGGGGUGGUGGCCCACCCAACUCUUGGGGCAGUGGCCCGCAACCCUCGUGCCUGAGGCUCUCCCGCCCCUGGUCCUAGAGAGGCCAGACCAGGCCUGCAGCCGCAUCCACCCCCCCACCCCCUCCCCCCACUCAUCCCCACAGGGGUGCAUGCUGAAGCCAGCAUCCACURCAUUCCCACCUGCCAGCUGGUGGCCACGAGGGCCCCUUCCCCCAGGCUCCCGGGGCUCUGUUCCCAAGUUCCCCAGGGUGGGCCUGAGCGCUGGCAGGGCCGGCUCCUUAAUGCCAGAAAGCGGGUCCUAAAGAGCCCUGCCCUCAACUGGGAACCACAGGCUGAGGGCAGGGCUGGGACAACGCCUGGCCUCCUCGCGGUCCUGGCUGACCUCACAGGGCAGACAUUCAUUCUGCAGCGGUUAUGUUGACUUUCACUUUGGUGGCCUUCUCAGGCCAAGAACAAGACUAUGAUACUUGUGAAAGGCUGACUAGAGCCCCCCGGGGCCACACCCGUUCCACGGGCAGCUCCUGCCCCGUGCUGACAGCCAGCGCAYGCCCAGAUGCUGGGGCUAUGGGCAGACAGGCGCUGUAGACCAUGGCAGUGACAACUCCUCAUCUAGAAAAUGAGGACACUAAG